UCGAAAAUCUUUUGUAAUCUUUCUCAAUCUAUUUAUAAAUGACUAAUUACAUAUCAAUUAGUCGGAUUAAGUACAGAGAUAAUUCAGCUCCUUCAAGUAGGUUAGGUGAGAAAGGACACUACUAGCCACGGUAACCAAAACGUUCCUAAGCCUCUGACGUACGAGGAAUCCACUUUUCUUUCAUGCAUCUUUAAUCUUUAAGAGUUACAUAAAAUCUUUGUAUUCAGCGGUGCAGAUGGAAUGCAUUAGUUGAAAAGGUGCAAUUCAAGUCUUAUUAUGUUGAAAUGCAUGCAGGAUUAUGCAACCAGAGCUACCUUUUUCAUUUCCAUAAAACACACCAUCCUGUUUCUCUUCCACCUGCGACAACACACACAAGCUUCUGCACAGCCUCCCACUGACUUCGGACUUGGUCACCAUGGAAACCCCCUUCAAGUGCAACUGAUGAACCGGUUGGAUUGUAUCGGUCUCUCAUGCCUCUUUUGUGCAGCUCGGUGAUUGUGUAGCAAUGAUUCACUGCUCUGGGGUCAGCGCUCGCUUUGCUCACGCUGUGCUAAAUGUAGUGUCAGCAGUACUUUAGACGGGAUACGGGCUUGCUCUUCCCUGGUAGACGAGAUCUACAUGGGUUUUCGAAAGACGCGCCGGCACUCGGCUUCAGAGAUCUUGCUGAAGAUCUUGAGGAGGAGCCGCAGCUCAGCCGUGGAAGUCUUGACUUCUUCUUCGCAAAGGGUCAUUAUGGCACUUAGCAUGUCCGAGGCACAGACUGACAUCGCAGACCAUGGAUUGAACGUCAGAGUGCCCACUGCAAAGUACACCAAGGUGGGCGAGACUUUGAGGCAUGUCAUCCCAGGACAUAUGCAGUGCUCCAUGGCAUGUGGUGGUCGAGCGUGCAAAUACGAAAACCCCUCUCGCUGGAGCGACAAAGAACAAGCCAUUAAAGGACUGUAUUCCUCCUGGAUAACUGAUAACCUGUUAGCCAUGGCUAGACCUUCGACUGAAAUCAUUGAAAAAUUCAACGUCAUUGAACAGUUUCAUGCGUGUGGCUUAAAGACAAUAAUCAACUUGCAGCGUCCAGGGGAACACGCCAGCUGCGGCAGCACUCUGGAGCCAGAGAGCGGUUUCACCUAUCGCCCAGAGGUUUUCAUGGAGGCAGGGGUUUAUUUUUACAACUUCGGCUGGAAGGACUACGGCGUGGCAUCUUUGACAACUAUCCUUGACAUGGUAAAGGUGAUGUCAUUUGCCAUGCAAGAGGGAAAAAUGUCUGUCCACUGCCAUGCUGGACUUGGCAGAACAGGUGUCUUAAUAGCAUGCUUCUUAGUAUUCACAUCCCGGAUGAGUGCAGAUCAGGCCAUUUUGUUUGUUAGAGCUAAACGUCCAAAUUCAAUCCAGACUCGUGGCCAACUGUUGUGUGUGCGAGAGUUUGCCCAGUUUCUUGUGCCACUGCGAAGUGUAUUCUCGUGUGCCGAGCCCAAAGCUCACACUGUCACGUUGUCUCAGUACCUGACUCGCCAGCGGCACCUGCUGCACGGCUAUGAAGCACGUCUGAUGAAGAACAUGCCAAAGAUCGUACACCUGGUCUGCAGGCUGCUACUGGACAUAGCAGAGAACCGGCAAACGGUGGAAGAGGAGGUGUUGGACAUCCCAGACCUCACAGAAGAAGUGGAGAAGACGGUCUCGCUGCAAGCCCUUCAGCAGUUAGGGAAGGAGAUGAGGGGGAAAGGGAUUCCCAUAUCCUCACCUCGCUCUCCAGACCAACCCAGUUUGCUUCUUAAAGAAAGCCAGUGUGAUCCGCCUCACGACCGGCCGCUCUGUAGCGACCAGGAGUUUGAUGUGCUUUGGAGAUGGCCGACGGUAGACAAUACCUACAAGCCUCAGCUCAUCUUGAGGAAAUGUUUUAGCUAUAGCGACUCCGCCUUGCACAAACUGGAUUCCAGCGUGCAGGUGCUGCAAAGUCCUCCGAAUGCUCUUGGCAGCAAAUCGGGGUUAAACUUUACUGAAGUUUAUGUGUCACAGAGCAGAUUAGCUACCCAAACCCCCGACCUUCCGCCAUCCUCUUUUACAUCCGAAAUCAACAACAGUCCCAAACAUGGCUCUUUAACCGGUUCCUGUAGCUCCCUGGUACAAUCCAAAAAAGUUGAAAGCCAAGCAUCCUGCUCUCCUGUCUCUGUAAAACGGGUACCUCUGAAGGAGGCAAAGCGCAGCAUGUCCUAUGGGUUUUUAGGUAGGACCAGUGACAGCAUGUUUUCAACGCGUCGAGGUGGCAGAAGUCACCACAGCCCUAACGACAACACAACCUCUGAUGACACACAGCAGUUGACAGAUGUUCCUACUCUGAUGCUUCAAAGUGAACUCCCACCUGAGACCCGUCGACUGUUUGUGGCCAAAGCUCUAACGAUGGACAUCGAUGGAGAAGACCUCAGGAGCACAGUCUCAAUGUGGCAGACAGAGCUGAACUCCCGUGAAGGUGCAUGGGAGAGGUUGUGCACCGAGAGAGAUCCUGUGGUGCUCUCCACGCUUAUGUGGUCUUGGCUAGAACAACUCAAGGAACCAAUCAUCACAGAAGAGGAUGUAGAGACUUUGGCUGGAAACAGAUUCAAUCCUCAACAUGCUCUGAGUUCACUGGACAAGGGACAAAAGCAAACCCUUCUGUGUAUUCUUGACUGUGUUGCUCAUUUGCUUAAAAUACCAGAAGAGGUUGAGAAUGCCUUUUUCGAACGCACAAUCAAAGCAUUCACUUGGAUUUCCUCAGAUUCAGAGAAAGGACAGUUAAUCUGUAAGACUCUGAAAGACGUCAUGAUCCCUGUCCUCAGUGACUUAAGAACAAAAGCAACGGAGGAGCUUGAGCUGACCUGCCACUGUUCCCAUGUACCCUGAUAAAGGUGGCGGGAAACUGAAAUCAGGAGUCUACUGUCAUUUUGUAAAGAAACAAACCCGAAGACACAAAAUAACAGAUAGUUUUUUUUCUGUUUAACUUCUCAUUUAAAAAAUGUCUUUUCAGAGAACAAUACUUACUGCCAUACAUGUAUGUGCCACAAGGUUUUGUUAGGCUAUUUUUCUAAUUUGUUUUUUCUUAAUAGUUUAUUUUUGAUACACAAUAUUUAUUAGCUAAACUAUUUAUUAAUACGUAUAUCAUGUAUUUAUUUUUAUGCUUUUGUUUGGCUCUAACUGAGGAUUCUCAUGAAAAUAUGUUUUGUCAUAUAACGCAGUUUGAGUAGUAUAAAGGUAGAUGUACUUCAUUAUUUACUAAACCAAAUAAUACCACUGUGCAACAUCUCAUUUUAAGAUACAAUCUAUAAUGUUUCUACUGAAUGAAGCAAAUUGACGGAUUUGCUGAUUCUUGCCUUUUUGCGAUUUGUAUUAUAGGUUUCAAAAACGUUUGUAUUUAAGGGACAAUAGAGGACAACUGAAUGCUUUCGUUCAUAAUGCAAUGCAGUUUUCAUUAAGAAUAUAGUUCAUCGUGGCCUCAGCAUAAUCUGAGAAUGUAUCGAUACAAUUCCUGCUCAAACGAAGCAAAAUAAUACUCUGUAGACAGGCUUUUGCAGGAUGCUUUUUUGGCAUUAUUUAUAACUAAGCUGCUUCUUUAACUUAAAACGAACACAUAUAAAGGAAUAUGUACUUGUUUGUCAGGUGGUGUUUUAGUACUAGAUAACUGUUGAAACUGACCUCAUUUGUCGACUAAAACGUUAUCAUUGUCUUUUUAAGUGUCAUGUAGCCAGCAGAAUACACGUUUAUUCAUUCAUGUUCGUAGAACUGUAACUUUUUUCUUGUCAGAUUUAAGAUUAUUGUGGAUAUUCCAAAGCACUGCGUUUCUUUUAUUUAUUACAUUUUCAUUCAACCCUGUAAAAUAAACAUUAUGAAUGUUUGUCUUGUUAACAUAAUAUUUCAACUUUGCCUUCAUUAAGCAAGUUUCUUUAUUAAACUAAUACAUUCUGUUUA